GGGGGAUGCUCAAAAAUACCACGGGUUGUUUGAAUUACAUGCAUGAAUUAAAUCUCAGGGAGAAAUUGAGAGGAAAGGGAAAACGCUGGCAAAUUUUAAGUGUGCUGAAAUUAUUAUCAAACCAAUGUCCCACAUUAAAACCCCUACCGCUGAUAGACAUAGGCGGGGGUCCAACGCUGAAAGUUCAGUGUUUGUGCCGUCAGACAUCCCUUGGGACCAUGACCUCAAGUUCUACCGCCGUACACCACACUGUGACCGGCUGUGUUUGGGCACGGCUGAAACACACUCCCCAGAUGUCGACUACCAGUUCCAAUACACCCCCAAAUGCCUGUCCACGCACCAAGGAGGCACCGGUCAUCAACACUGCGGGGAAGACGCCUGGCAGGAAGACACCAGCAUGAGGACCACCAUCAGAGUGGAGAACGAAGUAGAGGCCCACAAACUGGCCAACAACUACCGGUUUGGCUUCAGAAAGUGGAAUAGUCAUGUGACCGAGAGGCCCAUCGAAAACCGGUCCAACAUUGUCAGGGAGCUCUACUCAGACCUGAAUUCUGUCAAACCCCAAUCAGGUUCUUUGAUCACUUGUGGAAACAUGGCUUAUUGUUUUCUGUUUGGAUGGUGGAUCUCUUUAUCAUACCUUUUGGUGGGUGUCCUAAUGUUUCUGACCAUCAUCGGAGCUCCAUACGGGAAACUGUGUUGGAAGCUAUCAUGCUACUUUCUGUGGCCAUUUGGGAAGUCGAUAGAAAAGUGUUGUGUGAGGUUCUCUAACUCCAAGCUGAUUCCGGAUGAGGCCAGUUCAAAAGAGAGGAAGGAGGACAAUGAGCUGAAGGAGUCCACACCCCUGCUCAUGUCUGCUGUACCCCUCCCCACUUGGGCCCCCCCACAACGGACACGUUACUGGUGUCGCGUCAGUACCUACGCGUGGCUGCUGCUGGGCUAUCCGCUGCUGGCCGUCAUCCACACCCUCGCCUGUUUCCUCUCCUGGAUCCUGGUCUUCGCCAUCCCAGUGGCCAAGAUGAACGGCCGCACCCUGGGAAUCAUCCUCCUCAUGCCCCCUGAGGAUGUCCACAUCCAUCCGCUGAAACGGGUGGCUCCACCUGAACAGCUCCAAAGCUAUGAGAACCAGGUGCUCCUCUGUUGCUAUCAUUCCUUCAACUGGUACUACUACAAAUACACCCUGGAUGGAAUCAAUGUGUUCGCUGUCAACCUGCUUCCCCUGGUCAUCGUCACCCUGGUGAUUGGCUACGUGGACUCAGACAACAAGUUUGUCUCUUCCGAGAUCAAGUUUGCCACUGGGGUCAGCUCCAUCAUCCCACUGUCCUAUUACAUUGGCAUGGGCAUCGCCAGCAUCUCAGCCCAGAGUAACUUUGCGGUGGGAGCAGUGGUAAAUGCCACGUUCGGCUCCAUCACAGAGAUGACCUUCUACAUCACAGCCCUGCUCCGAGGUCACCACGCCGGCUCCAAGUGCUACGAGGAGGUUGUCAAGUCUGCGCUGACUGGCACUUUGUUGGGAUGCGUCCUGUUCAUUCCUGGUAUCAGCAUGAUCGUCGGGGGCUGCAAGCACCGGGAGCAGAGAUUCAACAGCCGCUCCGCUGGGGUCAGCUCUGCCCUGCUCUUCAUAUCGGUUGGAGGUGUAUUUGCCCCCACUCUGUUCUCCAAGGCCUAUGGGAGCCUGGUGUGUGGGACCUGCUUCCCAGGCAACUCCACAGGCCCCUUCAGCUGUCAGAACUGCCACUAUGACAUGAGUGGAAGUAACGAGCCCUUGUAUCUAACUCACAUUGAGCCUCUGGUCUACACCGUGGCUGUGUUGCUGCCCGCCGCCUACCUUAUUGGCCUAAUCUUCACCCUGAAGACUCAUAGCCACAUCUACGACACCCAGGCCAGUGACGGGCACACCCACGUCCAAGCAGGUGGUCACGGCGUGGUCGUCCACUGGUCCAGGUGCAGAGCCCUGUCCGUUUUGAUCCUGGCCACGCUGCUGAUGGCGUUCUGUGCCGACCUCACCACGGAGCACAUCAAACCCAUCCUCGAUCACUCCGCCAUCUCACAGUAUUUCAUCGGAGUGACCCUGCUGGCUAUGGUGACGGAAAUUCCAGAGAUCAUGAACGGAAUCCAGUUCGCCCUGCAGAACAACAUCAGCCUCAGCUUGGAGGUGGGAAGCUGCAUAGCCGUGCAGGUCUGCAUGAUUCAGAUCCCCCUACUCAUCUUAUUCAACGCCUUUUAUGAUGUAGGAUUUGUGCUCAUAUUCAGUGAUUUGCACCUUUGGGCCAGUAUCUUUAGUGUCAUAGUGGUUAACUACAUUUUCAUGGAUGGCAAGUCUGAUUACUUUCAGGGUACGGCUUUGGUGGUGGUCUACCUAAUUCUAUUGGCGCUGUACUUCUUUGCCCCAUCACCUCCUGCCUGUUGAGCUGUUUCACAGAGAAACUUAAAUUCCCGGAAUUCUGUUCAUUACCAUUCAUAGUAGCUGAUUUGUUGUUUCAGAGCAUUGUGGACUCCUGUUUCAGUCAGUUUUCUUCUAUUUGUAUGUUACUGAACAUGACCUAGAUCUGAACAAUGAAUUAUUGUGGUUUAGAACAGGGGUUAUUGAGGAGGUUGUCGGAUUUUACAGUUUUACACGUGUGCUUUUGGUGUUAAUCUAGGGGUCAUAUUGACCCAGAAAUAUGAAAAUGGUAUAAUGCUGAAAUUUGUUUAGGAAAUGACGAUAUUGUCACUGCCACUGUCUCUCGACUGUUCUGUACUUUGGCUCUUGCAUUAGGUAUGGUGCAGCCUUGCUAUGUACAAUACAAUAAUUGCACUGGAAUCAUUUCACAGCUGCAUUUGGAAAAUAAAUGAUCUCUUGGCACUAAG